AUCCACUAUCGAAAGAGAACUGCGUGUCACAUUUAGGGUGCCCUCUUCAGGGCCAAGUUCGUAAAUAGACGUAUUUCCAUCUAGUCCCCCACGAGUGACGGAUUAUCCAUCCUGGUUGGAUGUAUCUGGCACACGUGAUUCAAUCUACGUGGGCGACUUCCUUCGCCACAAUGCGCGCAUAAACUUUACGACCAUGCGAGUCGUUUUUCAAAAGUCUAAUUUACUGGCAAGGGGAAAUCGUUUCAAAUAGUCUUUAUGGCCUGAAAAAAAAGAAGAUAAACCACGCGUAACAAUGCUCCAUUUAGUGGGUCCCAAUAAAUUGCACUGAUGUAAUUAGCAAAUCAAGGGUACGCGCUAAAUGCCCUGACCAUGAUAUGUGGUUAGUGAGUCGAGAUAACUCAAAAAUAUUCCAUUCAACGUGGUACCUGUGCUUGUUCAUAAAAAAACAAAAAAUGAAAUUAUCACCGAGGAAAUGGAUGGUUUUGUGGCAUAACACACAUGACAGAAUGUUCAGAUUAAAUGAUAAAUUUGAAAAUUUGGCAUUUAUGAAUGACAAUUCACCUUGCAGAACUUGGUAAAAAUGGGGCUAAUUUAAUUGUCAAAAAAAGAAAUCACGUCAGAUCGGGCUAUCGGAGCACAAAAUAAUUUGGAAACUUUGUUCUUUAGCGCCAGUAAAACUUCUUAAGGUCAUUGUUAUCAAUGUUGGUCGUUAUGAAAGAAUCACGCGUAAAAAUAAUGGUCCUCGAUAAAACUCGACGUUUGCGAAACGUCGUUGGAAAAAUAGAAGAUACGUCGGAUUUGUGAAAGAAUGGCACUCAAGCGGCGAAAAUAUUUAUCAAAAUUCUAAUUAAUUGCAAUUGCCGAAAUCGAUUUCGGUUCAUCCGUUAGAAAUGUUAUUAUUAACAAAGAUGUAUUAACGGUAUAGUAAUCAUGACGGAAUCAAGGAAGCCUUGUGUAAUUCGGGAAUUACUCAUCGAGUUUUAAUCUCAUCUUCAUUAAUAUCGAGGUCCGAACGACGAUCGCGUAUUUUUCCUUGAAAGGCACGUACAUUUGGUCAACUAAAGUCCCGAUAUUUAUGACAAACGGUUUGUACUUUGAUCAGUCUGGGCGCCAAGAUCUCGAUAAAUGACAAUUCCGUUAACGUACGAUAACGAUAAUCUCUCGACAUUUCCUUUCCGAGGAUUUUAGAGGCGCCAAUAAUGACUACCUUUUUCCAUUCCUUAUCAGUUAAAUAUAGCCUUUAAGGUACAACUGAAAGAAAUAUAUUAGACGAUAUUUACAAGGUUUUAAAAAAAAAUGAUUAACUUUUAUGGAAAGGAAAAAGAUAGUCGGAAGUCACUUCCACAGUUUAGUUUCAAAGCAAAUUAUCAAAUCGAUGACGGUUUUAUUGUACUGGACAUGAUGUGGUCUGUAAAUAGGCCGCAUAAUGCGUUGGUUUUUUCCUGGGAAGUAUCGGACUACCCGAGAGAGAAGAAGCUCGCUGGUCUUAUAUAGAAACUCCACCCUAUGAUCACCACUAGCGAGAAACGUAGAGAAUAUAGCACCACCACCAGAUUAAAUUCCAAAUUAGUUCAACUAGUCUAUUUUCAGUUAUUAUUUAGAAGUACAAUUAAUCAAACAUUCUCACGGGCAAUUCGACAUAAUUUCAACAUGCAUCCAAUAUUUUAAAUCAUUUUGCAGCGAUACAUGAAAGCAGGGACUGGAUAGGUGAUUCUCCAUCUAGCGGCGGCGCGGUGAACUAAAGAGCGAACUCGCCGCGCAACUCGACUUUGCGCGCCAAAUUUGAACGUUCCCACUGCCGAAUAAUAAGUACAUUAGUACAAUCCGUCAUAUCUCCGUGACACAGGUGGAAAAAGUGGCCUUGGUUUAAAUUAGAAGUGUUUCGACGUGGUUUCAAGUUCGAACAUGAGAGAGAUAAACGAAAGAAAUCUGAACAGAGCUAUUCUGACCUAACCUCGAAAUAGGAACUGUCAAAAUGGAUACAUGGAAUGAAAUAACACCAAGUGUCAGAAAAGGAUUGAAGAUAGUAGAGAGACUAGACUGUGGAAAGUUUCGCCUUCUUGUUAACCGAAUCUGUCAGAGCCUAGAGUUAGCUAACGACAACAGGGUUUUUAGUGAUGAAGAAGAAGAGAAGCUGAUGAUAUCUUUAGAUUUAAACAAAGAUGAAUUGGAUCUGCUUUUGGACACUAUUACUAAAAUUUAUAAACAGGCUGCUUAUUGUAUGAUGAAACCGGCUGUAAUGGAAACUCUAAUGAAGGAUAAAUUUAAUAUCGGAGAAGAUAAAAUUGCUGCCUUGUUACAUGCCUGGGUUACUCAUGCAAAAAACAUUGUCGAUGCGUUCAGAAAGAAAUCAAUUUUUCCUAAUAAGGUUGAUAACAUUAGUUGGCACUUGAAUGUAGAAACAUCGUCGUCCUUUAUUUCUAAAGAAGCCCGACCAGUUGUAUUGCUUCAACUUGACCUGAGUGGGGAAUCCAGUAAGAAGUUAACAGUUGAAAUGGACAAGUCUGAACUUACAGAUCUUUAUCAUAGUCUGGAGAAAAUUCAAAAUCAACUUGACUCACUUAAAUAGCCCGCAAUAAGUUUUAUAUAAACUUAUGUGAUAUACAGUGUACACAUAUGUCUUUAUAUAUACGAUUUUUAUUAUACCCAAAAUUAA